AGCGUUUGAGAUGCGUUUGCGGUGUCGCUAUAUAACUCAGUCGCCGGUAAGGCUAGUGUGUUGUCCACACGCCGGUACGCACCACGUAGGAUCGACGGCCCCUGCCUGCGCUCGUCCGCAGCUCGCCGCCGGACGCCUCCGCCACCAUCCAGCCAGCAGAAUCAGGAGCGGCCGGCGGAGGAAGGGACCCCAGGCCACCGCGGCGCCGCGGGCUCGCCAUGGCGCUCCGCCAGCGGGACGCUGCCGGCGAAGGCAAAGAGGAGCCAGCCGAGCUGUACGGUGACGGCGACGGCGACGGCGCCGAGGCGGGGCAGCCCGCGCACGCGAGAGGCCCCGUGCCGAAGUGGUCGGAGCAGCUGACGGCGCGCGGCCUGGUGGUAGCCGCGACCGUCGGCAUCAUGUACAGCGUCAUCGUGAUGAAGCUCAACCUCACCACGGGGCUCGACCCCACCCUCAACGUCUCCGCCGCGCUCAUCUCCUUCGUCAUCCUCCGCGUCUGGACGCAGGCGACGGCCCGCCUCGGCUUCGCCGUCCGCCCGCUCACGCGCCAGGAGAACACCGUCAUCCAGACAUGCGCCGUCGCCUGCUACGGCAUCAGCUCCGCCGGUGGGUUUGGGUCCUAUCUGCUUGGGCUCAGCAAGAAGACCUACGAGGCGGCGGGGACGGACAUCGAGGGCAACGUGGGAUGGAAAGAGCCCGGCAUCGGCUGGAUGACCGGCUACCUCUUCGCCGUCAGCUUCGUCGGGAUCCUCGCGCUCGUCCCUCUCAGAAAGAUUUUGGUGAUUGACUACAAAUUAACUUACCCAAGCGGAACUGCAACUGCCGUGCUUAUAAAUGGAUUUCAUGCGCCUCAGGGAGAUGAUGUGGCAAAGAUGCAAGUGAAAGGAUUCACAAAAUACUUUGUAAUCAGCUUCUUCUGGAGCUUUUUCCAAUGGUUUUAUUCUGGUGGAGAUAAAUGUGGGUUUUCGCAGUUUCCCACUCUUGGACUACGAGCAAGGAAACAAACGUUCUUCUUUGAUUUCAACCUCACAUAUGUUGGGGCAGGGAUGAUUUGCCCCCACCUUAUCAAUAUAUCUCUCCUUCUCGGUUCUAUUCUCUCCUAUGGUAUAAUGUGGCCACUGAUUUCUGAUCUGAAAGGGAACUGGUAUCCAGCAGAUUUACCAGAAAGCAGCAUGAGAAGCCUGCAAGGUUACAAGGCAUUCAUUUGCAUAGCUCUCAUCCUAGGAGAUGGCAUGUACAAUUUUGCAAAGAUUAUUGUAUCAACCAUUUGGAGUAUAGUUGACAAAUCAGAAAAGAAGAAGACCAAGAAAGAGGAAGAUAUUCUCUCGCUGGAUGACCUCCAUCGCAAUGAAGUUUUUACGAGAGAGAGUCUUCCUAAUUGGAUAGCCUUCUUGGGUUAUUUUGGAUUAUCGCUCGUUGCUGUUAUUACUAUUCCCUUGAUGUUCCCUGAGAUAAAGUGGUACUAUGCUAUCAUAGCAUACAUAUUGGCUCCUGCCCUGGGUUUCUCCAAUGCCUACGGAUCCGGCCUUACUGACAUCAACAUGGCCUUCAACUAUGGAAAAGUUGCUCUACUCAUUCUUGCAGCCACUGCUGGAAAAGAACAUGGUGUAGUUGCUGGGAUGGUAGGCUGUGGUAUGGUGAAAUCUAUCGCAUCGAUAUCUUCUGAUCUGAUGCAGGAUUUCAAAACUGGGCAUCUUACAUUAACAUCACCUAGAUCAAUGCUUAUUGCUCAGAUUGUUGGUACCAUCAUGGGAUGUGUCAUCGCGCCGCUGGCAUUCUUUGUGUUCUACAAUGCCUUUGACAUAGGCAACCUGAAUGGGCCCUGGAAGGCACCGUAUGCUCUAAUAUACCGAAACAUCGCAAUUCUUGGAGUCGAGGGCUUCUCUGCUCUGCCCAAACACUGCUUGCAGCUGUGCUGUGGAUUCUUUGCCUUUGCACUGGUGGCCAACCUGAUGAGGGAUUUCCUCCCGCGGAAGUAUGGCAAAUGGAUUCCCUUACCCAUGGCAAUGGGGUUUCCAUUCCUUGUUGGCGCGAGCUUUGCCAUCGACAUGUGUGUCGGGACCUUGAUAGUUUAUAUCUGGCACAAGAUUGACAAAAGCAAAGCAGUGCAUAUGGUGCCGGCAGUUGCUUCUGGUUUUAUCUGCGGAGAUGGACUCUGGAUCUUCCCAGCUUCCUUGCUUUCACUGGCCAAGAUCACUCCACCAAUGUGCAUGGCGUUUGAAUCUACCCGGUAGAUGAAUAUCAUGCAUGAGGUUAGUCGCUGGGAAUCUUUGUAUCUGUGUCGCUAAAAACUUGCCUUACAGAACUUUGCAUCUA